AUGAUUGAGAAAAAAAGAGAAAAAGAAACAAAAGAAUGUGAGAAAAGGGAAAAGCAAAGGCAAUACGAGCGAGAAGAGAGACAAAAAGAAAGAGAAGAAAGACAAAAAGACCGUGAAGAAAGACAAAAAAGGGAAAAUAAUAU